AUGGCGCUCCCGUUGCCGAAAUGGAACCAAAUGGUUAUCGGAGGAGAGCCUGUGUAUGAAGACCACCCACCAGAGAUUCAAGUCUCUCAACUGGUGAAGAAAAGUGGUCCCUCCGUGUUUGCCGCAAGCCCGGAGACAGUGGAUCCCUCCACGGCUACGGAGCCUGUAACCCCUAUUCUUACCAGCUCCGAAGAAGAGAAGGCCGCUGUUGCUGUUACCACUCCUGCGGAAGAAGACGCUACUCCAGCCAAGUCCUCGGAGGCUGUGGAUCCCUCCGCUACUUCUGCUGACAGCGUCGAAGGCGAGACGUCCCCCAAGAUGGCCGCCGAUGCUAAGUCUGCUCCCGCGGAUGAUGCCGCUGACGUAGCUGCCCAGGCUUCGGACCAGCCUGCACCGCAGACAGCGAUUGGACCCCGCGAUGACCACCAGGAGGCACUGGAACCGCCCAUGCCGUGGGAAAUUACUGUCUACGCCCAGACGGCUUGGGAAUACAAGUCCGCCAUAGAAGAAUGGGUCAAGCAGGUAGUAGAUGACCCCCAGCCAGGAGACCCCAAACUCACCAGGCGGACAGGGACAGUCCUCUGGUUUUCAGUUGAGAGAGGAGUGGUAUUUCUCCAAGACAGUCACUCUGGGUCAGAGAUCUUUGUGGGCCGCCGCUCAGUCAAGCGACAUUACCUGCCACAGGCCCGUCACAACCUGUACGCAGGGGACCAGGUGGAAUACACCCCUAUGCGUUCAGUCCAAGGACCCUUUGCUGCCGGUGUGACUCUACUGGACAAACCAUUAACCCCUUCAGUCACCCCAGAGGUCUGGCAGGAAGACCCAGGCUCUGCAGGGAAGGUCCGUUCUUUACAAGAGACCCCAGCUGGCAGGUUGCGUUUCAGGGAGCAUCCCCAGCCAGCACCUGCACCACUUAUCCCUGACCUGGCUGCACCACCAACACUACGGGUGGGCCAUUUUAACAAUUCCGUGUUGACCUUUAACCCCAGGGUGCAACCCUACGUACUGCCUUGGAAGCUGCCCCAGGCACCUGCAAGUAGCCUUCCAGAACCCCUUCAGCCGGAGCUCCACACAAGACAUGGUUCAGUCAGGGCCCUUCCGACUCUGGGAAAGGCCGUAAAUCCCAGGUUUGAUUGGCAGACCAGGUGUGGAGUCAUAAAUGGUGGCCAGGACAUUUGUGAGGAUAUCUCGGAUCAUGUGGAACAGAUCCAUGCUCUGCUGGACACCGAGUUUUCCCUGAAGCUCCUGUCAUACUCUGUAAAUGUGAUUGUUGACAUACAUACAGUGCAGCUCUUGUGGCAUCAGCUGCGGGUGUCUGUGCUGGUCCUGAGGGAGAGGAUCCUACAAGGGCUGCAGGACAGCAACGGCAACUAUACACGGCAGACGGACAUCCUGCAGGCAUUUACAAAGGAGGAACAAGAGGAUAGGCUGGAUGCUCUCACUGAAGUUGAUGGCUCUGGUCAAUUAACCAUUAGAUGCCCACCAGAUUAUCUCUCUCUUGAUUGUGGGAUUACUGCCUUUGAGUUAUCAGACUACAGUCCUAGGGAGGAGGAUACGUCACCUCUCCCUGCGAAGCCCUUGGAAGAUUGGACAUUUAACGCUAUGCAACAGGAGUUUCCAGAUCUGGUUAAGGGGCCAGGCUUGCUGACAGUGAUUCCUGACAAAGAGAUAAUCCUCGAUGCUGAGGUGGAACAAGAUUCAGCACCUAAAAUGAUUGACGAACCAGGGCAGCAGUCUCUUAAAAUGUUCACUCCCAGUGAAAGCACCACACCAAAAAGACCUCUUCAGGAGAGUAGUGACCAUGGAGGAGACUCCCCCACUCGUCCCUCCUUGCCAAAGAAGGGACUGUUUCUGAAUGAUGUGACUAACUGGGCACCAGCAGACAACCAGUCGUUCAAUGAACCUAACUCUCCUUUACCAGAAUGUCCCACCUCCCCCAAAAUUCACUUUGGUCUUAGCUUGACUCCCACAUACUCCACAGUCCAAUCAUCUCUUCAAAGCCAGGUACCUGAAGAUGAUGUCACAAAACAAAAUAUAGUGGGAAGAAAGAACUGCAGUGAGGGGCACCAGUGUCUGGAUAGCAGAGAAUCAUCCAGCAAUGCUGAUCAUUCAAACUGCAGCACACCAAAUGAAAAUCAGAAAGAUCAACAGGAUAACAGACUGCUUGAUUCACCACCACAGAAUUUAGGGACAGACAGUUGGUAUGGGUCAGAUGAGUUCCUAGCUUUACCGUCACACUUACACCAAGCAGACCUCCUUACCUUGCACCUAGGUAGCCUUUCACAGCUGGUAUCUCCAACUCCUGGAGAGCCCCAACCACCACUGAGGGAUGUAGAGGAUUGGGAGAUCAGUUCAGGCUCAGAGCUUGGGCCCAGCUCUCCCCGUUGUAUGUCUCCAAGUACUCCCAGUGAGAUGGCAUUGUAUUUAAAUGGCAGUGGCCGAUCAACUCCACAGUUUGGUGCUCCAGCAAACAGUGUACGACAGAACAGAGCAGCACUUAUACAGAGGCUAAUGUGGGAUAUACAGAGACAGGACAAUGAUCGGCAUGUGUGGGAAAAAAUUCAGGGCUUUGUAUCCAAGCUUGAUAAAUUUAUCCACUGGUUGCAAGAUGCUAUGGAAGCCACCGAGAACUGGACCUCUCCUCAGCCUGAAACAGAGGCCCUACAACUCUAUCUUCAUACACACCUGAACUUUAAGCAGAGUGUGGAUGGUCACUGUUCACUAAAGGAUGCAGUCCUAGAAGAAGGUCAUCGACUAAUGGAAGUGCUGGUUUCUCACAGACCAGGAUUUCAAGAGAUGCUGCAGAUGAUAACUACACAGUGGAAGGAGCUGCAGAAACAGAUACGAAGGCAGCAUGGCUGGAUUAUGGGUGCUCUUGAUACACUCAAGGCAGAAAUUCUUUUGAAAGAUGAGUUUCCAGAAGAUGUAAGUGAAUCACAGGUAAAUGAACCUCUCAGUCCCUUACAAGCUCAGAGAGAUGCAGUAACCAAGAUGUCACUACAGCUGAACAGCACAGAGUAUACUGAGACCAGCCAUCAUUUUGAUCCACCUCCACCGAAAAGUAGCAUGAGAUGUGACAGUGUCCAUGACUUGGAGGGAGACUGCCAGGAAUUUUGGGACUGGUUGCUUGACAUGGAGGCUACUGUACAGAACAGUCUUGGAUUAUUGGUUUCUGAAGAGCAACAUCUACAGAUGUGCAAGAGAUGCAGUGUGGAGUUAUCACUGAGAGAGGAUCGAGUGCACUCUUUAUUACGUCAGCUGGCAACCUUGAGGAGUGAAGGUGCUACAUUACCUGACAGUGCUGCUGACAAAGAAGAGUUAAUUAGAGAGAAGUGGGAUAUGCUAAAGAAAUCUCUUGCAGAAGCACUGUCAAGUUGUGUGUCCCAUCCUGUACUCUCACCUGGCAGUGGGAAUCUAGUGCGGCAGCUGGAUCAGCGAGUCAAAGAGCUGAAAUCAUGGCUUAGAGAUACUGAGUUAGCGUUGUAUAACUCCAGUUUGAGAGUAGGGAAAAAGGAGAAUCGUAAAGAAAUACUCCAAAGAGAGCUGCACCAAUUCCAGAGUCUAUGCUCUGAACUCAAGUUGCGUAGACGUGGUGUGGCAUCCAUCCUGCGUUUAUGUCACCAUCUUCUAAACCUCCAGGAACAGAUUCCACAACAUGAUGCUCCCAACCUUCAGCUUCUUAGUGUCAAUUUAGAGAGGAGGUGGGAAGCCAUUGUGAUGCAGAGUACACAGUGGCAGAGGCGCCUACAGAGAGAACUAGGAGAAGAGCAGGAGAUGGAUCUACUGGUGGACCCUGAUUGGGCUGAUUUAAGUAGUGCUCCUGGUGAGGAAGCCUUGGAAUGGGAUGAGACUGAUAUCACAACUGAGGCCAUAUGUGGUGAUCAGGAUAACGAGAAAAUAAAAGAGGAGACUUUUCUUUCAGGUGUAAGACAUUGUUGGAGACAAGGCGAUUCAGCUCAAGCUCAACAACAAAGUUCCCUCCAAACAUCUGCUGUGUAUCAUGUCUAUAGUGUGCAUGAUAUGGAGCUUUUCAGAACUAACCUAGGGCCUUCACUUAAAGAUGCAUCAAAGAAAUCUGGCACCGUAGCACCUCUCUCUCUUUCUCUUCUACAAGGAUUUCCAUUUUUAUCAUUGCCAGACUUAGCAAAUGGAUCUUCUCAAACUCCUGAUUUCCAUCUGACAAAACAUCAAAAGGACUCAUGUGGCCACUCUGAGAGUGAGAGUGGAAUUGCAAGUGGAGAAGGUGUGACUGCUGCCAAUUCAGAAGGAUGUUUAUCCCUUGAUGGGGAAAUACCACAAGGGUGUUUAGUUCAAAAUGUGGAUGUUGGGCAAGUUGAGGAGAAAGAAAAUGGACAUAAACAGUAUUCCAUAAUAAAAGCACAAAGUCAGCUUGCAUUUAUUGAUACUUCACAAUUACAAUCUGAUAAACUAAAACUUGUGAUGCUGGAAAAGACUCAGAGGCUAAUGCCUAGUUUUUGUCUCCCAAGUAUUCCAGGUCAGACUUGUACAAACAGAACAAUGCUUAAAGCUAGCUCAGAAGACCAUAGUCCAGUAGAUGAAGUUGAGGACUUUAUUGAAGUACUGAGUGCUGAAAACACUACCCUUAAUUCAUCAUCACUGGAAUCUCUGUCAGGAGCUGGUGAAGUUCUAGAAUCUGCAGUUCUCAGGCGUAGUGUGUCUCUUGAGAGCUGGCCAGCCUCAUAUAAGAGCAAUGAAGACCUAUUUAGUCAGCAAGGUUCAGCUGAUGUUACCCCAGGUAGUGAACCAGGAGAAGAAUUAAGUAAGCGUACCUUGGACCUACUAAAAAGACUGGAAGACAUUGAAUGCCCAUUGGAACAGAAAAUGAAGCGUAGUCUUUCUGAUGAAAUUACUCUAAGGAGUGGUUCUCAGAAGGCAUCACUUAAUGGUUUGCACUCCCCACAAGAUAAAGAAUCAUCAGGAAAUGAAGAUGUUGGUUCUGAGCUGACCGAACUGAGUAGCAGUGAGGAAAUUUCACUAAGAUCUGAAGAUAUGGUUAUGUUAAAAGGACGACUAGGGCUGCUCAAUUCCAAUGCCUCUUUCCGCAAGCACUUGAGUCGUUCUCUAGGGGGAGAGGAAGGUGAAGCCAAUCUAAGCAUGAUUGUUAAUGUAUCAUGUACCUCAGCCUGCACUGAUGAAGAAGACGACAGUGACUUGUUGUCGAGUUCCACUCUCACAUUAACCGAGGAAGAGGAGGAAGAGGAACUUGAGGAGCCAAACUCUAGUUUGGGAAGUGAAGAUGAAACUGGGGAUGGCACAGAUUUGCCCCUAGGGUCUGAUUUCAUUAGAAGAGAGCUGCAGGCCUGGAUAAGGCCUUCAUUCUUUUUUCCAGGAGAAAGAAGAAAAAUUAAUCGACUAGUACAAGACUUGUCUGGGGCACCUAAAUCUGAGAAGGGUUUGCAGUUUUCUGUACAAAGACAGAAAAAGAGCAAUGGAAAUGAAAAAGAUACUAGCAAGGUUUUGACAAAAGUAGGUGAUAAAGAGACAUUAAUGAACUCAACUCAGCUGGUUGAUGAUAUGGAGAAUGGAAACAUAAAUAAUAGGGAAAUUACAAUGAAAGACAGUCUGGCCAAAAGAAUCAUCCCCGAAAAAAAAGUGAAAUCUGGACCAUAUCCAUCAAUAUCAAUUACCAAGACAGAAAAACUUCAUCCUCCAAGCAUGCCGGCAUUGGCCUUCCACAAGCCCCGUGAGCUAGGACCAUCUUCUAAAAGAAAGAGCAACUUACGAGUUACAAGUGAUUCAGUUGCUGAUGUAGAUAUGCUUGAUAGCAGUUCAUUGCCACAUGAAAAAGAUCCAACUUCUUCUAUUGUUUCAGGGUCAGCAAAUGAGGGGUCUUGUUCUUGUCAUAGCCCUGCACAUGAAAGGUCUAGUACCCCGGAUUGUUCUGUACAAGACUUUGUAAAGGAAAUUCUGGGCAUGACAUCUAAUGCACUCCACAGAUCAUCACCACAAUAUGCCCAGAAGCAAGGAACUGGGGCGCAAAUCAGGGAAAAAGUGUUGGAACAUUCUCGCAAACAGCUUGAAAGAGGUGACUUCUACUCUUACCUAUCUCUUUCUUCUCAUGACAGUGAUUGUGGAGAGCUUAGUGGAUUGGCCAGAGCUACAACACCCCAUAUGCCAGUAGAUGGAUCCACAGAAGAUCAAAUAGAGACUAUGCUUGAGGCAUGUCCAGAUGAAAAGACAGAACAGACAAGUGAUGAGUCUUUUGAACUUAAAGAUUCUUCCAAGAUGACAUCCUCAAACCCAAUAAUAAAAGCCUUGCCACUAAAAGAUACUGCUAUUAGGAGCUCUCAGAGCAGACCCACAAUCUCAGGGCAACAAUCUACCAACAUAGUUUCGGCCCGGAAAUUUCCAGAUCAUUCAACUGUUGCUGCAAAAGGAAUCAAUAACAAAAUAUCUUACAAGAAACUGCCUUCCACUAAAGAAGUUCGCCCAGAGCCUAAAAGCAAAAGUUCUGUAAAGCCUGCAGUCUCUAGCCUGCCUAUACUGCACAAGAGGGUCAGAGACCAAAGGACAAUGCCAACAAAUGGUGCAAAUCUUGGUGCAGGGCAUCAGAAGAGAUCAUUAAAUGGAUUCAAAACCAACAAGGACUUGUAAAUCUUCUUUGCUAGGGCAAAUCCUUUACGAGGGUGAUGGUAGCAGUGUUGUAUGCACUGCUCUCAUAUCUAUGCUUCCUCUCGCACAGCAUCUUGGGAUUUCAUCAACUUGCUUUUUGUGAGAAACUAAAAAUGUAUAAACCCUUUGACUGCUUGGAUAUAAAACAGGGUAUAGAUGAUAAAUUGUUCUAUGCCUGGCAAUCACCAACAACACUGAGUAUGAGCCUUGCAUUUUUUGGUAAGACAGAAAAGACCUGAAAUGUUGGCUCUUGGGUGCUAAUAUAAAGAUACAAGCUCCUGGGGCUUUAAAACUAUUUGUUUUGGAGGCAGUAGAUGAAAAUGUGUUAUUGACGAUGGACAUAGUAAAGCAAAGUGAGACUCUAAAGGGAUAACAUUUUACCAAUCAUAUAAUAACCGAGGAAAUGUAGUUUGUGAGGAUCUAGGAAGGUAAAAUUAGUAUGGACAGAAAGCAAAUAAACAAGCAUGUGAACAAAGAAAAAUGAAAGUUUGAGAACUGAGAAAGCCUAGCAUGUAAGUGCAAAAGGGGUUAAAAUAGUGGAAAAUGCAAAGGUG